AUGCCACUUUUUAAUAUUGUUUCCAAGAAGUUGAAGCCCUCCGAAUAUGUUGUGCAGAAGGUUGAAGAGGGGAAAGCGAUGCGCACGGUUCUUCCCUUUCUCUCAAGGAAGCUCGGCAUCCCGUCAAUGAAGAACUACUUGGCCUUUGCAUGCGAUGAAAAAAGAAAACCGGUGGCCAGGCUGGAUAUGGACAUUCCACUGGAGGAACAAGGUGUGCCACCGUUGUCGUUUAUCUACGUAUCUCCGAUGGACGCCACGCCAAAAGGACCGGAUGGUGAGGAGCUUCCACUGGCGUUGGAUCUAAAAACCAGUAGGCAAAAAAGCGGGGAGGAGGAGGAUAUGCCACCACCACCUCCACCCCCAGAAGAAGAAGGAGACACCUGCACCAAGAGGCGUGCUGAGCAGGAAGAGGAGGCGAAGAGGCGUGCUGAGCAGGAAGAGGAGGCGAGGAGGCGUGCUGAGCAGGAAGAGAUGGCGAGGAGGCGUGCUGAGCAGGAAGAGGAGGCGAAGAGGCGUGCUGAACAGGAAGAGAUGGCGAGGAGGCGUGCUGAGCAGGAAGAGGAGGCGAAGAGACGUGCUGAGCAGGAAGAGAUGGCGAGGAGGCGUGCUGAGCAGGAAGAGGAGGCGAGGAGGCGUGCUGAGCAGGAAGAGAUGGCAAGGAGGCGUGCUGAGCAGGAAGAGGAGGCGAAGAGGCGUGCUGAGCAGGAAGAGAUGGCGAGGAGGCGUGCUGAGCAGGAAGAGGAGGCGAAGAGGCGUGCUGAGCAGGAAGAGGAGGCGAAGAGGCGUGCUGAGCAGGAAGAGGAGGCGAAGAGACGUGCUGAGCAGGAAGAGAUGGCGAGGAGGCGUGCUGAACAGGAAGAGAUGGCAAGGAGGAGUGCUGAGCAGGAAGAGAUGGCAAGGAGGCGUGCUGAACAGGAAGAGAUGGCAAGGAGGCGUGCUGAGCAGGAAGAGAUGGCGAGGAGGCGUGCUGAGCAGGAAGAGAUGGCAAGGAGGCCGCUUGUGUACGUUCCUAGCGGCGGCGCCGGGGAAUCCUCGAUGCGUUUGUUCAAUAACUUGCUGGAAAAUGGGGUCUGUCAGUUAGACAAUACCCAGUCGAUGGGAAUAGAGCACAGGGUGCAACUGAAUCUUGUUCCUGAUGUUAUUCGCGUCGCAGCAGAAGAAGAGCGAGUGCUUGAUGUUGGAUGUGACGUGCCAGAAGAAACGGCCCUCCAGCUCGCUGCCGUCGCGAAUGACCGUCCAGUUCAUCACGCCGUUAUCUUGCGGCUUGCAAAGUUGGUGUUAAGUAGGCGUCCGGGCAAACCACAUAUAUUCUUGUGGUCGCAUCUGCAAAGCAAACUGGGUGGCCAUGAAGUGAAUGCGCACAUUCAAAAGAAGGAGGUUUACCGUCGUACUCCUAGCACCACACUCACUUUUGCUCCUGUUGGUGAUACCGCUGAGGAGCGUCUCGUGUCUGGGGCACCGGCGGGCCCUGCUCGAACGGCAAUGCGUUACUGGGCGAGGCUUCUUAUUGAGAGCAAGCCUGACAAUCCGGAACUUUUUAUGUGGUCUAAGCUCGAGGCAAGGAUGGAGAGGGAUUCACUUGGGAUUCCGCAGUCCCGGACGUCAAACGCGGCGUCAGCCAGGGACUCCACGAGGAUUUCUUUGCUUCGUGGCAUACCGCGCGGCACCCCGGCCUACACUGUUAUGCGCAACCUCGUAGACCUCACUUUUGAGAAAAAACCAGAUCAGCCUGAAAUGUGGAUGCUGUACCACUUUAUCGCCCGCCACAAGUCCUCUGCAGCACCCUCAGGACGUUCGUCUGUGACGCCCGUUCGUUUCCUUGAGGAGGAUAUCGGGGGAGACGGGAGCCGCACCCCGAGUAGCAAAGACGUAUUUUUCAGUGCGGAUGCUUCCAUGCCGCGCCCAGUGGCGAUGCUGUCGGGUCAGUGGGCAGAUCGCGCAGCCACUUGGUCAACUCAAAAAAACAGCAUGCGAUCACGGACCAGAGAAGUGUCGACACAAACUUUCCACGACUCUCAGGGGACCGCACUGGCAAACUCCACUCGAGUAGCAGUAAUACCGCGUGCAAGAGUGGGAUCACCCCUGCAAGCUACGAGUUUUCUCCGCAAUCUUUCUCCACGGGAGCUGCUGCAGCCACCACCUUGCGACAUGUCGUUUUUGCGCCGCCGCCGCUAUGGCGCCAUGGCUUCUGAUCUGGAAGAGCCCCCGGUGUCUCCUUUUUAUUAUGAGAAGUACAGUUUGCUCUCCGAUCCAUUGCAGCACCCUAGUGGUCCUUUAUUUCGACGGGGUCGUUCGUCCCGCGGCUUUAGGCGCCCGUCUCAGGAGGACGAAAGAAAUCUUUUAGGAUGUUGGGGGCAUAGUGAUGAGAGGUCUGACGGUAACAGAGCGGAGCAAAAUGAGUUUACUUCGUUGCCGCCGUGCGAGAAAUUUCUACUGCAUUCACCAGUAUCAUUACGUCGUCUUUCCAGCAGUGAAUCUCCAGAGUCGCAGUAUGCGAUGCGACGACGUGAAACAGACCGUGCAGAAAUUCUUUAUGAGUACAACUGGCUGCUACAGCGCGAGGCGCUACGGAAAGAGCAGCUGCGAAAAGAGCUCGAGCUUCUCCGAUACGAAAGGGAGGUUCGUGAAAGAAUGAUGUGCCGUGGCCCCACCGCACAGAUGACAUUGACAGCGGACUCCGCUGCAAGCUCGCAAUUAGAGGCGGAGGCGCGGCUUCAGGACCUCAAUUGUGGGGGAUCGCUGCAGUUUCCCUCUGAACCGGAUGCCAUCCGCAAAAAAUUGAAGUUUCUGGACGUGGAGGGGGACCGCCUUCGUCAGUUGUCAUUUGCAAGAAAUCGUUUCACGGCACCCACUGAGAGGGAACCCAUCAGUGAUGCAGCUCUUCGCGACACCUACGAUAGUCCUGCUUUGCAUCGCGCAAAUGAUCGCGUGGGUAUUUCGCCGCACUUCAAUCCCACUAUUUAG